ACAACAACAAAUAAUAAUGGUUCUAGUAUACAAAUAAACAUUGAUGAUAUUAGUACAUUGGAAAUAUUGGAUCGAUCAACUCGUACAAUUUUGGUAAUACUUUAUUCAGCAACAUCAGUUUUGGCAUUUGUUGGCAAUAUUCUUGUUAUUAUUGUUGAAAUAUUUGGCCGUCGAUCAGCAGCAUCAUUAAGAAAAUUUCUAAUCAAUUUAGCUAUUAGUGAUAUUCUGUUUGGUGUAUUUGCUGUACCAUUUACAUAUACUGAUUUUAUGUUUGGUCGUUGGAUUUUUCUACCAUGGCUUUGUCCAUGGGCACAAUUUAUACAAAUAUUAUCAAUUUUUAUUACAUCAUUUACAUUGACUGUCAUCAGUAUUGAACGAUAUUAUGCUGUAAAAUUUCCAUUAUCAAAUCAGAAUAAAUGGUUAAUGGCAAAAAGUCAAUAUAUAUUGAUUAUUGGUUGGCUAUUAGGUAUUAUAUGGGCAUCAAUACCGAAUACAAAAAUUGAACAAUUUGUUUGGGAUAAUCAAACAUAUCAAGAUUGUCGACCUGAUCAUGAAUUAUAUGAAAGUCGAUGGUAUAACAUAAGUUCAGUAAUGUUAACAUUCGGUUUUCCAUUAAUAAUACAAUCAAUUUGUUAUGCAUCAAUAAUUAGAUGUUUAUUAAGUAAAGAUAAUUUACAAUCAUCACAAUCAUUUGCUAAACAAAAUCGUGAUAUGACAAGGAUAAUCCGUAUGUUAGUUGCAGUGGUUAUAUUAUUUCUUAUUUGUUGGUCACCAAUAAAAAUCUUAAUGACAGUUAUAACGUAUAGUCCUGAAUGGUUAUUUAUACAUGAUCCAUCAAGUAAUAAUUUUUAUAUUGCAAGCUAUUUUGUUUGUCAUUGGAUGGCAAUGGCAAAUAGUUUUGUCAAUCCAAUUAUCUAUUCAUUUAUGUCGAAAAGUUUUCGUAUUGAUUUACGUGAUUUAGCAAGAAAAAUCUGUGCACAAAAUAAUGAUAAUAAAAUGGUUUAUAGUAAUAAUACAAAUACAAGUAGACAUCAAAGCUAUUAUAAUCAUAGCCGUAUUUAUCGUUCAUCAUAUCGUCAACAGAACAAUCAAAAUAAUCAACAACAACAACAACAACAACCGAAUCCAGCAAAAUUAUCAUCAUUUUCGAAUGGUACUGUUGUUGUUAUUGGUGGAGAUAAUACAAAUAGCAGCAGUAGUAAGGAUAAUGUUCCAUCGAUAAGCCAAACAUCAUCAAACAAUAGUGAUGAUAAUGUUGAUAGUAGUAGUGGUGGUGGUGGUGGUGGUGGUCAUUUGGCAAUAUGUACCAUAUCAGUUAUACGAUUAUAAUGAGAAACAUUCAUUUCAUAAACAUUCCCAUUCAAAAAUAUCGAUUGAAAACAAAUUCCGGAUAAAGAUAACAUUGAAAAACAAAAAACCAAAAAACGAAAAAACCAAAAU